GUGUGCGGUACUAGAUAAGCCACAUCGACCCCAAGGCGUAUUAGAUGAUCAAUCCCACAGUCAACAAAGAACCACCAAAUCUUCAAGUUCAGGUGCACCAUGGCCGGCGAUCAUCGUCGGGUUCAGAAGAAAAACGGAACAGGUGCUUUCUUCUUCUUCAUGGCUACUCUCAUCAUGUGGGCCGUCUCUGUUUUCUUCGAAAUUCUCUUCAACAAGCGUACGGAGCUUCUUCCACUCAUCUUUGGCUUCUCUUUUUACCAAUUUUCCAACUGGGUUUGCCGGAAAUUCAUCUCCAGAGACCCUCUUCUGGUCAACACUUGCGUCUCUCUUCUCCACUCUUCCCUAACCUCUGCUUCAGUGGUGUUCAUUUUGGUGAAGCAGUUGGCAUCUAAUGAUGUGAAUCAGUUAUUUGAGCAUUCGCAGCUCGUUAACACUACAUGGCCAUGGGCGUACUCAGCGUUGUGCAUAUCAUGUGGGUAUUUCGCGUACGAUCAAUUGGAUAUGUUGCUCUAUGGUUUGUAUAGUGGAUGGAUACCCUCCAUUCUAUUGCAUCAUUUUAUUCUCCUUGGAUGCUUUACUCUAGCCCUAUACCGAAAUGUCACAAUCAACUAUCUUAUUCUAACUCUUAUAUGCGAGUUGCAUUCUAUCUUUCUUCAUGUGAGAAAAGUGAGGCGGAUGGCUGGCUUACGCGAUGGAAAGAGCAAGCUAGUUAAAAUCGAAUGGUUCUUAAAUAUGAGCACCUUCGUAUUGGCACGUCUAUUAUCUCAUGUGCUAAUUACAGUCAAGCUAAUCAAAGAUGCAUCUAAGUUUGAGAAAGGAAUCGAGCUUCCACUCGCUCUGUUUGGUAUGGCGGGUAUGAAUUUGCUUAAUGUUUUCCUUGGCAUGGAUCUCUUCAAUGCUUUUAGGAGAGAGAGAAACCGACACAAUGUUCAUGAAUCGUAGACUUCAUGGUAAAACACAUCUUUGUUUGGAACACAUCCCUAUUUCUACAUUGGGAGAUAAAAAAAUGUAGAUUUUUGUUUGUAUUACUUGGACAUUGAAGAGCUAUUGUGACCCAUAAAUUCCAGUUAUUUUUUUCAACCAAA